AUGGAGGCUCCAUCCUGUCUUGGGGCCAAGGAGGAUGAAGCAGGCACAGAGUUACAGAUGAUGGUGGGGGCAACAGGAUUGAAAAGCCUGAGAGGAGAAGGCACAGAGCACCUCAGACCUGAUCAACCUUUCCAAGAAGAUGCUGCUGCCCUGUUCUGGUUGGCCAAUCUCAUCACCUCCAGGGCUGAAGGAGGAAUCGUCAUAGGAGGGCAUGAGGUCAGGCCCCACUCCCGCCCCUACAUGGUGUUUAUUCUGGUUCCUAUGAAGCGGAAGCCCAAGAGCUCAGUCAGGGUGAUUCUGGGGGCCCACGACAUCCUGAUUCAAGAGAGGACCUGGCAGGUCAUCCCUGUGAAAGAAACCAUCUGCCACCCUGACUAUAUCCCUAAAGACUAUUUCAACGACAUCAUGAUACUCAAGCUGGAGAGAAAGGCCAGGCAGACUGCAGCUGUGAGGACCCUCAGCCUGCCCAGGGGCACAGCGCAAGUGAGGCCUGGAGAGGUGUGCAAUGUGGCCAGCUGGGGGAAAGUUGCCCCAAAUGGCAGAGUUUCCAACACACUCCGGGUAGUGGAGCUGACUGUGCAGCAGGAGCAGGUUUGGGAAGCCUGCUUAUAUGAUCAUUACAACAGUACCACUCUGCUGUGCGGGGGGGACCCGAAUAAAAGGAAGUCUUCCUUUAAGGGGCACUCCGGGGGCCCUCUUGUGUAUAACAAUGUGAUCCAGGGCAUUUCCCGUGGUGGUCUAAAUGACGUGAUACCUCCAUGGGUCUUCACCAAAGUCUCGAGUUUCCUGCCCUGGAUGAAGGAAACCAUGAAAUCCUAUGAAAAGCCUCUAACUGUAGGAACCAGCCCACCUUCUCUGGAGCUGAUGCAGAAUGACCCUCAUUCACAGGCACUAACUCUGUGCUUAGAAGGCCAAUGA